AUGACUUCAAUGGGACUGAAACGCUUAAACACAUUUCUCAUUGGAAUUCUUUGUUUUUCUUACGCAAGAUGUCAGGUUACGCAGCUAAACCCAAGUUGCUCGGGUAUUUCUGGCAUUCUCGCACAAAGAGACCCCGUUAACGUGUGUCGAUACUAUUGGUGUAUAUUAGGGAGGUUAUACGGACCAUUCCUCUGUCCACGAAACAAUCAAGGGUUCCAGACAUCAGUUCCGACAUCAAUGCCAGCAUUUGGAAGUCCCUGUACGAUUACUUUACCCGCUGGAUCCCAGUGUGGUACGGCGGGAUCAGUAACAGGAAUACCGUUCAUUACUACCCCUAGGCAAAUCAGUCAGAGAGUGGUUAACUUCCACAUUCAAAAUGGUGUUAAGCAGGUGGGCAUCAGCACAGAGGCGAGGUGUAUCGCUCAAUGUAGAGCCAUGUCUCAAUGUGUUGUGAUUGACUUCAACUAUAACACGCAAGAGUGCUUUCACCAUACGAGGAUAACAGGAUGUAACCCACCUUUGCAGCUACAGAAUAAUGCUCAUGUGAAACUUUUGGAUUGUGCUUCAACUGCUGCACCAACUACAGCUUUACCGACCCAAGGUUUCACAACAGCUGCACCAGUGAUAACAACAGCUGCACCAGCAGUAACUACAGCUGCGCCAGCAGUAACUACGGCUGCCCCUUUGAUUACUACAGCUGUCACACAAAGCCCGCAGACGUCAGCGCCAGCCGUGGGACCGGGAACACAAGUGCCUCCAACAGGAUUUGUUAUGUCCAGUCCUGGUAUGCAUAUUGUGGGUGGCACGGAGAUUCUACCUGGUCAGUUCUUUACCCAGCAGCAAUGUCUUAACCAAUGUCUCAUGGACGCCAACUGUCUCGCCGUUGACUAUAACGCUGCCACCAUGCAAUGCUUUUUCCACGGGACACUUACCUAUUGUAACACACCUAGGUCCAAGACUAGCUGUACCCAUUUCAAAAGAGUCAGUUGUAACCCAAGUGGUCAAAACAAUCUUGUUGAGAUUCGAUCUGGCUUUCAUCUUUUUGGUGGAUCACCAACGACUUGUCUUGGGUUCACAACGUGUAGCGCCAACACGUGUGUACAAGAGUGUUGCAGGGAUCCUGCCUGCUCUGGUGUCGAUUUCGACCAGGGCACUAGGGCGUGCUUCAAGCAUACAGAUGCCACAGAAUGUACAACUCUAAACGCAAAGAACAACUGCACACAUUACCGGAAGAGAACAUGUCCUGGGACCAUUAUAUCCCCCGGAGUUGUUCAGACCACUGCAGCCCCGGGAGGUAGUGUUGUUACCGAGGGCCCAGCAACUGUCACUGCUGCUGUAACGACAGAGGCGCCCUCAGGUGGGCCAAUUGCAGCAGACACAACCGGUUUUGUACAGAUAAGCCAGCCGGGGCCAACAGUACUACCAUGUAACAGUUAUGCAUAUCCGGGAAUGAACAUCGAUGGCGGCCAGCCCUUUCCCAGUAACAAUCUCAGCGGCGACCAAUGUAUCGCAAUGUGUAUGACGGAACCCACUUGUAUGGCUGUUGACUUCAACUCACAGGACGGAAGCUGCUGGGCUCACACAAAUGCAACUAUGUGCGGUCAGCUGAACUCAAAUAGUGGAAAUUAUCACGUGAAAUUUGUUGUAUGUGCUGGUCAGACGCCUGUACAAAGCAAUACAUGUUAGCACUUCAGUGGAACAGGUCCUUAUGAAGUAGACUCAUUAGAGACGACAUUAUCCAGAUAAAUAUAUCCUAUGGACAGUUUGACCUUUCAUAAAUAUGAUACGAUUGGCUUAAUAUGACAAAACGACACUCUGGAGAGAAACGAAAACUGUACCUUAAUGAUGACUUCAUUAGAUAGAUUUGAUAGAAAUAGGAAAAUACACUUAGUUUAUUUAAUAUUGCACUGGUAAAGUGAAGUGAAUGGACAAAUAAAUGACUGCAUUAUUAUAAAAACACUGGAAAACCGAUACUAUAGUGUAUUAUUUGUGAACUUAUCUAUAUUAAAGUGCAUGUAAUUAGUGAAAAUUACAUCUCCCUAGCCAUAGUGGUAAAUUAGAUUUUGAAGACUAUUGGAAUACAGAAUAUAAAGAAAUGUUUAGUAUCUAUUUUAUAUAAUGUUACAUUGUAUUUUCAUUUUGAAAAAUCUUAUCAUUUGCAAUCGAAUAGUUUACGAAACACAA